UUUCUGUCGCCGGAUUUUCAGGGGCGUCAUGGGCCUCGUGACCACUGCGCUACCUUACGAGAGAUUCUAGAAGCUAAGUGACAUUGCGUUGAUAACAUUGUGACGCAGGGGGCGAUCACACGACUGGAAGCUUUAUUAAUUUAAAAUUUUUGUGAAUAUUGAAACAUAUCGGUUAAAAUGGAAGCAGUUCCCCGUUUACCAAUGUUGAGUUUUGAUCUUAAAGUAAGCCCAGAACGAACGACUUUUGGACAAAAGUUGAAGCAGUACAUUCGAGACUUUUAUCAUGAAGAUCCAGAGAUGUAUUCAAAUGAAAUCCAUGCAUUAGAAGGCCUAAGAGCAUCUGCGGUGUGCGCGGUCAGAGAUGUUACGGGUUGCUCAACACUAAAACGUUAUUAUUGUCAACUUCAUUUUUUGCAAAGUAGAUUUCCAAUGCACAGAGAUGGAGCUGCUGCUGUGUCUUUCACUUGGCGUGAUACUUAUGCUAGUAUGGUGUGCACUUUAAGUGACAUCAGAUUUGAAAUGGUUGCUAUUCUUUAUAAUAUUGGUGCUCUUCAUUCUCAACUUGGAGCCUCAGACUCACGUACCACAUCAGAUGGCAUGAAAAUGUCAUGUACUCAUUUCCAGUGUGCUGCUUGGGCUUUCCAGCAUUUGAAGGAUUCAUUUCCUCAACCUGCUGGUGUGGACCUUGCUCCUGAUGUAAUGCAAUUUAUGUAUCAUUUGUCUCUGGCCCAAGCACAAGAGUGUAUCUUAGAAAAGAGUAUGAUGGACAACAGGAAGGCAACUAUAAUUGCGAAAGUGGCUGCUCAGAUAGUUGAUUAUUAUAACUUGGCAUUAAAUACUUUGGAACAAGGUGGCUCAGAUGAUUGCUCUGUUUCUGAGACUGUUGGGUCAAAAAUUUACAAGACUUGGAAACGAUAUGUUAAAUUUAAGACUGCUUACCAUUCAUGUGUGGCUUUGUUGUAUCAAGGCCAACAGGCUGAAGAACAACAAAAAAUGGGAGAACGUGUUGCCUAUUACCAGGCAGCAUCAGAGAAAUUAGAAGAAGCUAGCAAACUUGCUAAAGGAAUGGAUUACGCUGAUGUGAUCAGUGAAGCACUGACCUUUACUGCCGAUGUUGUGGAAGGAAAGAAAAAAGCUGCCAAAAAUGAGAAUGAAUUUAUCUACCAUGAAGAGGUUCCAGAGAGAGAUGCUUUAACUGAUAUCAAAGGAGCAUCUCUUGUGAAAGGGAUAGCUUUCAAUGUAAAUGAUCCAGAAAUUUCAGGCCCAGAUAUAUUUGCAAGACUAGUUCCAAUGAAAGCCCAUGAGGCAUCAUCACUGUACAGUGAGGAGAAAGCGAAAUUGUUACGACGAGUUGGUGCCCAGAUUGAUGAGAAAGAUGAAGAACUAGUAAGCUUUAUGACUUCACUUCAGUUAGAACAUUUAAAUAUUCAUGGUGAAUCAUCCAGGCUUCCACAGGAGUUAAUUGAUCGCUGUGCAGCACUGAGUGUAAAACCAAAUGCAAUCCAGAAUUUAAUUGAUUCCAUGAAUAAAUUAUCAGAUACAUAUCAUGAUGUGGAAGCUAUGUUACAAGAAAUAAAGGAGUUACUUCAGGAGGAAGAAAUGCAAGAGAAGAAAUACCAAGAAGUAGUGGGCAAGCGACCACCUUCAAUUGUUGCUACAGACCUUACUAGGGAAGCUGGCAAAUAUCAAGAGGCACAUGGAAAGGCUUCAGAAUCCAAUCAGACCCUCCAUAAAGCAAUGAUGUUGCACGUUAGUAACCUGCGAGUUCUGGCUCAGCCUCUGGCAGAAUUGCAGAAAAGUGUCCCAGAGGUUUCACCGCCUUCAACAUCAGAUGAUCAAGAAGCUGUUGAGAAACUUCGUCAACUUGUGGCCAAAGUGGAAGAAAUGCGUCGUCAAAGAGCUAUGUUGUCUGCUCAGUUGCGGGAAAGUAUCUGCCAAGAUGACAUCACUCGUCAACUUGUGACACGUGCUAGUGAACCUCUUGAUACCAUCUUUAAUCAAGAGUUGCAGAAACACCAGCGUUAUGUUUCAUUAGUUGAACAAAAUCUAGCUGCUCAAGACAAUAUUUUGCGUGCCCUUACUGAUGCAUAUGCUCGUUAUGGCAGUACACGCAAGGCCACAAAUGAAGCAGUGCGCAAGCGUGAAGCUACUAUUUCUGCUCUGAUUGCUUCAUAUGACGCAUAUGAAGACCUUCUGGCUAAAUCAAGCAAAGGCCUAGAGUUCUACCGAAAGUUAGAGGUGAAUGUGAGCAAACUGUUACAGCGUGUGCGCAGUGCUUGCAAAGUACAAGAAGAAGAACGAGAGCAGGUGCUGGCAAAGGCUCUCCCGGCAGCUUCUAAAGCAGCUGUUGCUGCUGCAGCUGUUCCAGGUUCUGCAAGUCCAGUUGCUGGUUCUAGUAGUGGAGUAGCAAUUGGAACAGGAGAAUCCAUGAGUGUUGAUUCAAGUAGCACCAGCAGUGGAGGGCCAAAGUUGCGAGACUACUUGCAGAGCAUGAAGCGAGGUUCCUCAGUUACUGCUGCUGCAGCUGCUGCAGUGGGAGGAUAUGGUGCUGGAACUCAACCAGUUGCAACUGUUGCGGACAUGCCCAUGUACUAUCCAGCCGAUUAUGUACAUCCUGUUGCAGGCAUCACGACUGGCACUGUUCCUUCAACAUCAAAUGCUGUUUCUUCUAGUUCAGGCCAAUCUCCUUACUAUGACCAGGUGAGCACCGUGACAUCAUCCCAUUCCCAAUGGGCCCUGCCUCCAGUACGUCCAGCACCAGUUGGGUCAGAAGGACCUGAUGUAUCACAAACAGAACCUUCUGCAAAAGCUCCUCCAACAGUGCCAGCUAUAUCAGACACAGAUAAAUCGAGUGCUGUUACAGGAUCUUCACAAUAUCCAUAUCAGCCAGAUGUUUCUGCUAGAAUUACAAGUGGGGGAUAUCCUCCUGGUUACUUGGCUGGAGCUGCAUAUGGAAAUGCUUCUGGUGCCUACCCAACACCACCACAGCCCCAGUACAAGCCAGUAGUUCCCACUUACCAACAGUACGGUUCCUACAUGCCACCGACAUCAGCUGCUUAUGAUACUGGUGCCACAGUCUCUUCAGCUGCCACAAACCCUGCUUACAUGUAUACAGGAACAUAUCAAAAUCAAGCAACAUCUGUUGCCCAGUCUCUGCCGCAAACUAGUUAUGCACCAACAGGAGCAGCAGCAUCUGCUGCAUAUCCAACAGGAACUUAUCAGGCAACUAACAUGAAUCUGUCAAUUCAAUCUGGUGAAGUUCCAUCCUUGUCUGGCUAUCCAAGUCAACUUCAGCAACCACAGCAACCACAGCAGUCCCAACAUCCAUCGCAGAACUCUCCAUCCCGUUACAUCCCUGCCAGCGCCUAUUCUGCCUAUCCGUAUGUAGCUGCUGCUUCUGCAUCCUAUUACACAAAUGCUGGUAGCUAUCCCACCUCUCAAACCUGCUCCUCCCAAACAGGAAUUGAAGGACAGACGUUUGCUGCGCAAUACAAUACAACAUAUGCUGUACCUUCUGGUUAUCCCACAUCAAAUGCAUAUUCCCCAAGUGCAUAUUACACACUUCCUUAUGGUUACCAGAGUCUUGAUAGUCCAGCAGCACAGGUGGCACCUGCACCUGUUGACCCUCAGAACAUGACUUACAUGCAGGCGUGCGGAGGCAAACAAACCACAACCACCACUUACAUGUACCCUAAUGCUUCAGGUCAAAGUACUGCAAGUAGUGAACCCACUACUGCUACAAGUUCAGUUAAUUCAGUUCCCACUCCUACUGCUGUCACUACCACUGCGCCUACAUUUUCCAAAUCAUCCAAUGUAGACCUUCUUGCUGGAUUAGAUUUUUCCCUAAAUCAGGCUCCUUUGACACCUCAACAGCUACCUGUAUCAAAAGUCUCUGAAAGUGCAAUAUCUAAUGCUGCUUCAGCUCCUACACCUGUCUCUGUUAUUACUACUUCCACAACUACUUCUGUUUCGGUUUCCACUCCUGCCCCCAUUGUGGCUCCUAAUGUUCCUCUGAGUGCAGAUACUGUUCCAGUGAUUGAACCUGGUGUCAUUAAGAGCCCAGUGGGACCCACGAAAACUGGUGCUAUGUCUGGAGAUGCGGACCAUCUUGUUGAAAAUGAGGGUCAAGAAGGAUGUCGAGGAGCAGAGUGUCGCCUGAGUAAAGUGUCUGGGAAAGACCCAUACAGUGACCCGGAAUUACUCAAUCAGUUUGUUCAAGAUGUGGAAAAAUUUGAGAAGUUUGUAGAAGGUCUCACAUCAAAAACUUUGAAUGGCCCUACUCCUUUGGAUAUUAAGUGGAAAGAACUCCUCGAUUUGCAGGAAAAGGAUGCCCACAAACGCAGUAUAUCAGUGGCUCGAUGCUAUCCAAUGAAGAAUCGUUUCCCAGAUAUCCUACCGUAUGACAAUUCUCGGGUGGAACUGCCAUCAACCAAAGAUGAUUACAUCAAUGCAUCCUUUGUCAAGGAUGUAACACCAUUGACUCCUCCGUUUAUUUUGACUCAAGCACCUCUUCCCUCCACCAUUAGUGACUUUUGGACCAUGGUGAUGGAGCAACAGGUUGAAGUUGUGGUGUGUUUACUGAGUGAUGCAGAGCUUUCAGGUCAAGUGUACUGGCCUGUUGACAAGUCCCAGGAAAUGGUGUCAGGAAGACUCCGACUAACUCUUCAAAGUUGCAAUACUAGGGCCCACUGGGUGGAAAGGAUUUUGUCCAUAACAUGUGGUGACACUAGAGUUACUCGUGUUAUUGUACAUUUGCAGUUUACUGGAUGGCCUGGAAGUUCAUUUCCGUCAUCACCAGGCCCAUUUCUUGCAUUGGUUUUGGAAGUGCUAAGCUUGCACAGGCAGCAACGUGUAGGGUGGCAUCCUCUUGUAGUACACUGCCUAUCUGGAGUGGGUCGUUCCGGCCUACUGUGUGUUUUGGCUGCAGCACUCCUAGAAGUUCAAGCAGGGAGGGGUCUGGCUGAUCUAGUGAUUGUAGCUGCAGCUGCAUCCUCACAUCGCAAGAACUGCUUGAGGGAUAGACAGCAUCUCCAAUUUGCCUACCAAGCUUUAUUGUACCAUGCGCAGGAUCUACUUAUGAAGCGAGGCAUCCUGACCAGUCGUUCAUCCUUUGAGGACAAGAGGAACCGGGGAACCAAGUGCCACACGCGCCACCCAUCCGAGGACUUCCUGCUGGGGGCCCCUGCAGACCUGAGUCAGUUGCAGUCAGGGCUCGACCGCAUGGGGUUAGAUUCAAAGUCCCAGAACAGCAGUGAAGAAGUUGAACCUGAGCCUCAACCGCCAGGAUCAUCAUCUGUGGAAAAACCAACCAAUGCAUCCGAUCCUCUCAGUAAACUAGAUCCUUUAUGGUCAUUGAGACAGUCAUGAUCUCUCAGUCAGUUUUUCUUGGACUUCAGUAAGUUAUGAAAUAUUGAGAUUGAAUAUUACUUUUAGGAAUAUUUUGAAAAUGUAAUUUGAAUGAAAGAUGUCUUUUUUAUGAUUUUUUUUACGUGUUGAGAAGCCAGUAAAUGUUUUAUGAAGGUUGAAUUGGUGUGGAAUGGCUUCAUAAGAUAUGAAAAUAGGACCAUGAUCAUGAAGUGUGCAAAAAAUUGUUGCUUUUCUAAAUACUCUUGGGCCAUUCUGUUUGCCCUGCAAAUCUAAAUAUUUAUUGGCAGGUAAAGCAAUACAGUGGAUGAUGUCUUAACUAGGACUAUACAUGCUUUCUACUUGUAUGAAUAAUCUACUUUUCUCUUUAGUCAUUGCAUAGGCAGGAUUUACUUUCUGACAAUGUUCAAACACAUCCUAUUCGUGUACAUUACCUUAUUUGAGAGGUGAGAGGCUGAUCUUUUAUGGAAAGUAUCCUCCUCCAUCUCAAAUAGAAAGAGAAUCUGAAAAGAAUAUGCCUUUUAAUGGCCAGUUAUCUUUUCAGAUAAGGUGAAGGUGCUGCUUUGAACUUCUAGAAAAGAUUAUGCGUACCUCUAUAGAUAUAGUAAUUGCAAAUAAAUAUGUGGACCAUGAUUGUGUGAAUAUAAAUUGAUUAAAAUACAAAAAGCUUUUAAUUGCCUGCAUUCCAUAAAUUUUCUGCAUUUUUUGUGAUGCUUUGAAUUUUCAAUAUUCAUGGCAUAAAUAGAAACUUUGUUGGUAAACAUUUUAGUUGAAAUCCAAAUUUAUUUUUUAAAUAGAGACUGGAAGAAAUAUCACCAAUGUUGAACAGCAGUAGGGAGCUACAAUGCAAAGUUUCUGUCACAGUGGAAUUACAUUUUUUUAAUAAAAAGAUAUUCAUUUAAAUGUUGAUAUUUCUGUAGAAUGUCUCAGAGCUUCUAUUUUAAAGUAAUUGUUUAUGCACAGAUUUGUUCGUGAAAAAAAGUUCUAAUUAUUACAAUACUAUGGCAAAAAAAUAUAUUCCACGUUUUAGAUAUGUAGAUAUGUACUUUUGAUUGUUGGUAUUGUUAGCUUACGAGCAAAACUGUCUCUAGUAUAUUUUUUUUAAAUGUUAUGUUUGUCUACACCUUACUGACUGUAUGAAAACCAAGAUCUGACAAAAAAGUUGCAUGUCCCUGCAGUUGUUAUGGUGAUAGUUAUAUCAUCGAACUUUGAGUAGUUCAGAGUAUAUCUGUACUGAUUUUUCUAUGAUUUUGAUAUAUUUGUUCAUAGCAUAUACAGGUUUGUGCUUUCUAUUUUGCUGUUUCAUUAUGGCAUUUUCUUACAAAUUUCUGUUGAAUUCCUUUAUGUAAUGUAAAAAGCCUUAAUUAAAGUGCCCAUUUCACAAUGA